UCGUCACUUCCAAUUUCGCUGAUUCACUGAUCACGGCAACGAGUGAGAACCUUCCGGAACAACGAAAAAAUGGAUUUCCGCUAACAUUACGUAUAAUGCCAAAUUUCGCCAGCUGAUGAGAUAUUGGAGGCUUUGCACCUGUGGAUUUGUUGCAAGUUUUGAGUUGGGAUUCUUUCUUACAGGUUAACGAAUUUUUAACUGAUCCCGGUAACCAGUGAAAACAAUUGCUCUGAAGGCGUGUGCUGUGUCUGGUGCUAUUUAUAGCAACGUAUCAUCGCACUCAUAACUGACCCAGCCCAGCGCUGUGCUCUAAUCACAACAAAGACAGCUCACCUGAACGAGAAGCUACGGGGGGAACAAAAAUAACCACCGCGCGAUUUUUUCUUUGUUUGUGUGCCAGACCGAGAAGUGAAGUUCCUAUUACUGAGAUCUGUUGUGAAUCCAUUUUGUCAUAAUAUUUUGUAGAUAACAGUGCAAGAAUCUCUCAGUUUGGUCUGCAACCAAACCAAGCAUUGUCAAGACAGUUUUCGUUUCUGUUGUGUUUGGCUUGCCUCGAAAGGUGUUGGCCUACACAUCACUUUCUGAUCACAGUAAACUGAGACUACCAUCGUUGGCGUCAGCUGUGUUGUGUGUAAAGACCUUAUCUGGUCUUAUAUGAAAGGUCAUAACAUUGUUAUUUUGGUUGUGUGAAGUACAUCCUUCUCACUUCUCGGAAAAGAUUUGGGAGUGGUCAGCGUAAUCUCAUGUAUUUAUUGUGCCAUUGGUGUGCAAAAACACAGCAGACAUGAUAAAAGAGUAUUUCACAGAUGGACUGAUAGGGCUUGCUAUUUUGCUUAGCUUAUUUCGAACAGAUUUAACUGGAAUCAACAACAUAAUCAACUAUCCGGAAGUGCAAGAUAUUAUUAUAGGACAGACAGCUGCCUACUUGCCUGCAAAUUUUCACAGUCCUCAUAACUCUUUCAAUGUGUUCAGUAACCAAAAACACAUUGAUUUCGACAAUGAAGCCUUCAGUGCCUGGUAUCAAAACAUUCACAAUUUACCACUGUUUCGAGAAAGAAGUCAAAACGAAAUUGAAGCAUUUCUUGUGAGUGCUUCUGGUCAGAAUAUAGUAACAGAGCAGUUUCAAGCAGAUCCGCCAGCCUCUGUUGAUUCGGAAACCAAUGAUGUUCCCGAAAUCUCCUCUCCAACUUUACCCCUGGAGAGUGCAAAUUCAUAUACUACUGAUGUUGAAGUUUCGAGCACCGCAUCUGAAGAAGCAGCCACAGCUGCUCAAAAUUCUACAACGGAGAGCCCUCCUGUAGUUGUGGAUGUUUCGGUUUUCUUCAAGAGCCCCUUUCCUGGAUGUAAUCUCACGAAAGAGGAUUUGGACUUGAUUGAUGUACUAUGGAGGCAAGAUGUGGACUUGGGUGUUGGCAAGGAAGUUUACGACCAGAGCCUGAGACAGGAGUUGGAGAAGGAGCGGGAGCUUGAGGUCGUCAAGCAGCAGGAGAAGCAAAAAGCCCAACGUCUUGCAAGAGAAAAGGAAGAGCGUCAAAAACAUGAGCAGGCCAACAAGUGGCUGAAGCAGAACUUUACCCGGGAUGGGGAAACAGGUGAAUGGCUACGCUUGCAGAAUGGGACGGUGGGCAACAAUGGGAGUGUGGCUACAGCCCCUCUGCCAGUCACCCCGGACAGUCCCACUGAUCAGUUCAUGACCCUGGAGGCGGCUCUGGAUUACAUCUCGGCCAGCGUUGACCCAAAUCUGUUGCGCAGCUUGGAGAACCCUGAGCAGACGGCCAACGUGGUGGACAGUUUUGGUGACGACUUUGGUUCCAGUUUCGUCGCGGAUGCCUCGCAGCAUGAGCUCCAGGAGACUCAGGAACAGCUCCAGUCGGUGCCACAGAUGGUGCCCCAGCCCGAGUCCUCCCAGAACUUCCUGGAGCACCAGGACAGCCUGGAGGAGAGCUGGAGUGGCCUGGUCACCUACCUCAACAUGGCGGCCGCCAACAGCUCCAGCGGGAACGGCACGACAGAUGGCCUGAUGGGCGGUGCCGCCAGCAGCAACAACAACAUGGCCACCAUGGUGGCGGCGUCGUCUCCCCUGCAGGACCAGAUGAACGUGUCGUCGGUGCCCUCCGAGUACGACGGCCUGGGUCAGUUUGACCAGAGCGACUACCUGCUGCAGAACGCGACGAUGCCCUCCCCCACUGUGGAUAUUGCCAACGAUUUCAACGGCCUCACCCCAAUGGCAGAGCUGAAUGCUUCCCUGACCUCGCAGCCCUCGGCCACCGCUGUUGAUGUGGACUCGGACAUUGACUUUGACCUGGGUGACCUCAGCUUCUUCAACAACCUGACCACGCUGCAGAACACCACGUCGGCCGACCUUGACCUGGUGCAGGUCAACGACAUGUUCAUGGACAUGCCCAGCGGCGAGGGAGCGGCCGUCGUCUCGGCUUCGACCUCUACUGGCGUGGUGGAUGCCCCGAAUACCUUGAGUGAAGGUAUGGAUAGUCUGCAGAUGCUGGAGGAUGAAUUCAACGACUCUGCCCUCUCUCUGUCGGGCUCCUCGCCCCGUGAUGAAUUCAGUGACGCAUUUGAUGGCCUUGAGGGAGCCACGGGUGGCAGCGAGCUGAGCGGCCAGCAUGAGGACCUCAGCGGCCCCUACAGCAAGGUGUCGCGUCUCUCCGAGUCCUCCAACGACUCGGGCUUCGCCUACCAGGGAGGCUUCUCCUCGUCUUCGUCGACGCCUUCCUCGUCCUCGUCUGUCGCAGGCAGCCCUGCCAGCAGUCACCACGGCAACAGCUCGGCGGCCUCUAACGACACGGAGCACGAUCCCAACGGGUCACGGGCCUUGGCCCAGCACCAGGUGGCUCACAACCACACCUACAACACCCCGCCGGGGCAACUGCCCAGAGAGGUGAAGAAAUAUGCCCAGAAGGAGCCUGCUCGCAAGGGCCCCCAGAGCCGCGACCAGCGCCGGGCGACAGAGAUGAAGGUUCCUUUCACCGUGGAUGACAUCAUCGAGUGGCCCGUGGACACCUUCAACGAGAUGCUCACCAAACACAAGCUCUCCGAGGCUCAGCUGAACCUGAUCCGAGACAUCCGUCGCCGGGGCAAGAACAAGGUGGCGGCACAGAACUGCCGCAAGCGCAAGGUCGGGGUCAUCGUGACGCUGGCCGACGAGAUGCUGGACCUGCAGAAGGUGCGGGACCGGCUGGUGGCGGAGCGCGCCCAGAUGGAGCGGGAGACGCGGCGCAUGCGCGACAAGUUUGGCCAGCUGUACACGCACAUUUUCCAGUCGCUGCGGGACGAGCGCGGAGAGCCAUACGACCCCAACCUCUACUCCCUGCAGCAGUCGAGCGACGGCAACGUGUUCCUGGUGCCCCGCAACCUGGCCGCUAACAAAAAUAGCAGCCGGACCGCCCCCGCGUCGUCGUCUUCUACCAAGGACGCGGGCUCCGACACCAACAACGGAUCCAGAAAACGCAAAGCUUUUGACGAGUGAGGAAACGAAACGACUGCCUUGAUUUUCUGUUGGGUUUUUUUUUUCCCCCCUCUUGUAGGACAUGGGGGAUGAACAAUACAAUUGGUAGAAAUCAUGAGUAGAGUACUUUGGUUCAACUCAGAACUGUGUUUUACAAAAAAACUUCCUGAGUGCAUACGUAGUUGAUCUCUAUCAUACAUACCGUGAGGAUUUCUAGACCUGGUUAUCUGUUGAAGGGGGUUGAAAACAUCCUUUUUUAAAAGCGAAAGUGUCACUUUCAUUGAUUGUAGGAUCUUCAAGACAACAGUUGUUUCUGAAUUGUAACCGUUUGGUUCAUAGUUCGAUGUGGACGGAUUAUAAUAAUGAUCUGCUCUCUGGGAGAGAUAGGUAGCAUCAGUAGUGCACAAAGGCUAUCUGCUGUGUGUAGAACGGCUUUACUUGUUCCUUCUGAAAUCUCUCACUGCGUUAGCUGGCACUUUUUUCUCCUCCUCAUAGCUUAACGGGCAUCUGACUGACUGAAACAAUAAUUUGUUUUGUGAUGUUCUUUUUGGAUAGGAUGAUCUAUCCGCGCACGCGUUGUACUGCCAUUCCAUUUGUCGAUUUGUGCAAGCCAGAUUGGGUUCUGAGGCAAAAACCGAGGCCGAAACAGUGGCCUUGUAUUUGUAAGCUCUCUGUCUGGUAUGUGAAGUUUACCACCCUCCAUUUGUUGGCUUAGCUAGCCACACACGCUCUAUUAUCAUAUAUUCCUCACCCUGGUCUCUUCAUAGAUGCCUGGAAAGAGUUUGAAAAGAGGGGGGGGGGGUGAUUUUGAUUCUGAUUUUCCAGAUGAAUGGAUGCCACUUUCAAAAAAAUAUUUCCAGAAUUCGGGAAAUUUGAUACGGUGUUGAACUGUUUUUGUUUCUCAUGGUGUAAGGAAUGGCCUUCUCAUCAGAGAUGAUGUUUUCAUCUUUUAUUGGAUGCUGUCUCUUUUUAGGAAGAAGUCCUCAUCGUCUUUGUUUCACUCUUUUAAAAGAGUGUUGGAUUAUUACUUUUUUUGGUUAUCGGUGAAGGGUGAGGCUCGUUUGCCAUGAGCGAGUGUCUGUUGAAGAUACAGACGUGUCUUCUGCUUCUGAGUUGGGCAAGCCAGAGGCGUCCUGAACUUGGUUCUACGUCAAUGCCCCCCGAUGGUUUUUCCCUUCUUUUUUUAAUUUUAAAACAAAAUAAUUUUUUCCAGUUUUGUUUGGAUAAACUGUUUGUCUCUUAUGUUGUUGGGUGUCUUGUUUCACAUUGACUUAUAGGCAGCUGCGAUUUGAAAGCAUCGUCAUGUAUUCUCUGUUUGAUCUCUUUGUUUUCUUUCUGUUGAUGGCGUCAAAGGGUGAGAUGUUAUGUUGAGAUUCGUAUAUCUCUCCCCCGUUCUUUCAUCACAUUAUGGACAUCGCCUCUCCCUCUCCUCUCGUGUAAAUGAUGCUGUUUGGAUUCACACAGAUGGGAAAUGAGGCUAAUUUGUAGGUUGAGAUCAUUGCUUGAGGUCUGUUUGUCCCCUUCACAGAAAUUGUCUCUCCCGUUUCACACGGUUGUCAGAAUUUUUGGGUGGCAGUGAUGUCUGUCUUUGUUUUGUGGAAACACGCUACGCUGUUGCUGUUUGUUUCCUUCUGAAGCGUCCAUCUUCUGUCUGACCCAGUGUUCUUGAGAUCUGUAGGUAUCCUGAUCUCUUCUCACCCAACAGCGCGCGUGUUCGUAGCAGAUGUGUAGUGACACACCCUGAUGAUGUCUUCUCAACCUCUCUAUUUUUUUUAUGCGGUCGAUCAUCCACUGCCGAUGGGAAGUUGGUUUUUUUUUUUUUUUUUUUUUCAGCCAGCAGUUUUUACUUCAUUUGAGUAUAUUUCUUUCGUUCUUUCUGUUGUCGUUUCUUUCUAUUUUUGGCUUUCCGUCGUGAUGUUGUGUUUUGUCUAUUGCUCUUUGCCUCUGUAGACCUGUGUGAUAUAUAUACUCCGUGUACCUCCUACAAGUUAUGUUAUUUAGUCUGCACACAAUAACAUGCUUCAUGUGAUAAAAAAAAGAA